AUCUAAUUCUACCAGAUAAUUUUUUCUCCUCCGCAAGUCGCCGACAUUAUUCUACUGCAGAAACGAAGAUUCCUUGCAAGAGACGAGGAAGACGGAGAAGGUGGAGGCCAUGUACUGAGAGCUAGAGGGCGUGGCUUCCGAUCUCGCGUUAUAUGUGGCAGGCGACGAUGGAAAAAUAUCGAUUUCAGCUCAAAAUUUGAAAGCAGGAGUACGCUAUGCCGGCCGGUUUCUGUAGUGUUUUUUUCAACCCUCAAAUGCCCGCUGCUUCAAUCGAGGAUGCUGGGAGAUAUCUGCGCGUCUUUGUUCGAAUCAUUCAUCGAAUUUUGCAAGCAAGAUUUUGAUCCGAGCUACACCAUAAAUGAUAAACGGGCUAGGUUGAAGAAGCUAGGCAAACUGAAAUACAUGACACUAUUUUGAAACCAAACAAGCAAGAUUUGGGCUUUCCCUCACUUGGAAGGGGAGUUAUUUAUGAUUGAAGGUGCUGCCCAAGAAAGUGAGGGAUGGUGAAAUCUUAAUGGCUAAAUUGUAUGAUUGGAAUAAUCUUCAUUAAUGAUGGUGACUAAAGCCACUUUGGCAAUCAAGCUUCUUUCAUAUCUUUGUUUUGUAAGCAUAAUAUUAAAUUUUCUAGAUAGAAGUGUUUGUUGAUGGUUAAAUUUUUAUAGAAUGAAACUUCUAUCGAGAAGAGGCUUCAACCAGAAGUUACAGUUAUAGUGCGUUGAUUGGAGUGAUAGAUCAUUUAAAAUUGCUGCUUCUAUGCUCCAUCCAUUGUUGUGCUAAGUGUUUUUGUUUUUUUCUUCUUACAAGUAAAAUGGGAUAUCUACCAUUAAGGUUCACAACAACAUUUCAUGAUAUGAAACAUGUUGAGUACAUGAAUAUACUUUCUAGAACAAUGUCAACCCCAAGUUGCAUCUCAGGUAAACCUCUAGCAUCAAUUUCCAAAACCCAUGUAUUAGAAUACUCAUUGAAAAUACUCCACUGGCACUUAAAUUGAAUCCUCUUAGUAUGCUGCUAAACUAGAAUUCAUACUACUGUUCCCAUAGCCAAACAAUUAUGCUAAGGAAAUGAGAAGGAAAUGACUACUUGGAGCGGUACGUUGCAAAUCCAUAAACAAUUAUGUUGUAGUGUUUUGACAGAGGUUUUUUACUUGCACCAAGGAAGAUGACUUGGUUAAAGAUUUAUUCUAUUUAGACCAUGUUCAUAUAUGUAGUUUUGGCUAAAAGAGUCUAUCACGAGUUAGAUCAGGAUCAUAUAUGGUUAACUCAUACUAGGUUUAUAAACUUCAUAACUGUCCUAGAUUUUUGAAUUAAAACCUAAUGUAUCUUCCUCUCCUCUUGCAGGCAUGUGACUUUUUGGGGAAGCAUAAGGACAUCAAGAAUUAUUGUACUUGAGUUAUUUCAGGUCAGAUUGGAUGCUUUUGACAUCUUUGAAGUGUUUGGUGAUAGCUGACCAACCAUAUCAAAAGAGCUUAAGACCAAUGCUGCUUUGAUUUUUUAGCUGAGGAAUAUCUCUAUUUGAUCAUCUUUUGUUCUCUUAGUACAUGUGCUAAUUUGUAUGGUGCAUAGGAAUAGAUUGUACACAUGACUGUCCAUGAGAUUUUUUUAGCCACGAAGUCAUUUGAAUUGGUUAUUACUUAUUAUGUAUUGCAAGUUUUGAUGGAAUUCACUUAUCAUAGCUAUGAUGCUUAGAUUUUGACAUUGAAGGCAGAAUUUGAGGUUGUUCCCUUGUUGUAAACUCGAAGAAAGUUCUUUGUUCCUUUGUGAGAAGUCUUGGAGUACGGUAUCUCCGAGCAAAGGCGUUGAGGCUUGUGUGACUCGGGUUCUCAAGUUGUAUCGGUUUGUUAAGCACCCUUAAGCUUAACGGAGUUAGUGUAGCUCGAGAGAGUCUCUCGGGAGGCUGGAUUAACUACACGUUGUGGUGAACCAGGAUAAAAUUCGGUGUGCUCCUUUCUUACGUUCUUUACUUUUACGCUCUCGUUUUUAAUUUCCUGCGAUUUUUGUUUUAAACGCUAUUAACCCCCCCCCCCCCCUAGCGUUGGGCCUUUAUUCUAACAAUUGGUAUCAGAGCCUUACUCUCUGAAAGACUUAACCGGUUGAGAGAAACGAUCAAUGGCUUCUACUCAAAGUUCAUACGCAGGUUUAGGUGAAGGGCAAUCCACCACGAGGCCUCCGUUGUUUGAUGGAACGAACUACACCUAUUGGAAGGAGCGGAUGAGGAUUUACAUCCAAUCCACCAACUUUCUCCUUUGGAGAAUUAUCAAAAAUGGCGAAGACGUGCCAAUGAAGAAGGUCGGGGAAACCAACGUCCUUAAGACCGAGAAUGAGUAUGAUGCACAAGACAUCAAGAAAGUGGAGAACAAUGCCAAGGCCAUAAACAUCAUCUAUUGUGCCGUUAACUCGGAUGACUACCAGAAGAUCUCUUGUUGCACCACCGCAAAGGAAAUGUGGGAUAAACUAGAAAUCACCUACGAAGGUACGGAUCAAGUCCGAGAAGCUAAAAUUGAUUUUCUAACCCAUGAAUAUGAAUUGUUUCGUAUGAAGGAGAAUGAGAAAAUCGAUGAGAUGUUUGAACGAAUCUCCAAAAUCGUCAAUGAUCUCCAUGCACUCAAGAAGACGUACAUGGACAAGGAGCUUGUGAACAAAAAAAAGGGGAUUGCACUCAAGGCUACCUCAAGCCAAGAACCCGCCAUGGAGGAAUCAAGCAAUGAGGACAACGAGUUCGGGCUCGUCAUCAAAAAGUUCCACAAGUUCAUGCGUAAGGAGUAUGAACGAAAGGGCAAGAAGCAUGGAGGACCACCCAAGUGCUAUGGGUGUGGAGAAGUUGGGCACAUCAAACCAAAAUGCCCAAAUGCCAAGAAUGAGAAGGAGAAGAAACCAUUCAAGAAGCACCGAGCGUACAUCUCUUGGGGAGUUGUCUUUGGUGAGCUUUAUAGUGGCUAGUGGUGAGCUUUGUGUCAUCUGACCGAAGCAUAUCAUAUCACUGCAAGGAGCAUCCAAUAACACCCUAUCAGCUGAGUUUUGAAAUAUAACUUUGGGUAGCUGCAAUGAUUUUUCACAUUAGGAAAAAAAAUAGAUUAGAGUUUUGAAAAGAAAAAGAUAGCAUCAGCCAUCGAGUAUAUGCAGUGAAGGAGAACUAAAAUAGAGAGUAUCAGACAUGAAGAUUUGGUAUGGCGUACAACAUUAAACAAACCCAGUAAGAUCCCACAAAAAAUAGUAUUUAUUCGUGAUUAACUUUUGUGUAGAAUCAAAUCAAUUUUCCAAUAAUGCAAAAGUACUUCAAUGGAGAAAAUGCACCGGGAUGGGGAUGGGGUGUGUUACUGUUUUGCUGCUUCUGACGAACACAAAUGUUCAGUUGAUAUAAGCUCGAUAUUAUCAACUAAGCAAGAGAAGCUCUAACUUCUCUCCCAUCGUAGUUACAAACAAUGGUAUUUGUCACUCCCAUGCGUUGUAAAUUAGCAGCAAGUGACUUAAGUCUUGGCUAUUUCAUCUCAUUUGCAUAAACAAUACCUAGUUAUGAAGAAAGAGGAGGAAACACAACGAAGCAAUGAAUACUAUUCACAAUAACGCACAGCCAACGGUUUCAGUGCAAUAAAACAAACCAAGAAAAACUUGCAGCCCGUUCUUAGGUUAUGGCAUUAUCAAAUGAGAGAACAAUGUGGUUAAAUUCUAUAAAUUGAAAAAUGAUAUGUGUUUUAUGUUAUUAUACUGUGCACAAUCUACACAUAUCAGAAUUAUAUGUUAUGCAUGGCUUACAUAAAUUCAUCUAAGCUUUGUUAUCAUUUAUCAACACAACCAAAGGAGUGAGAGAAACGGUAGGCCUCCCUUUUAAUAAAAUGUCAAGUACCAUUUCAGUAAUUCUAUGAUCCAUAAGAAUGGCAAGUAGAACAUGCAAUGGAACCUUCGCUAAAUCAUUUAAUUAAAAUAUACCACUGUUUUUCAUAAGUGCUGCAAUAUACAUCGUUUUUCCACCAGGUGCACUGCAGCAUGAAAAAAAUAAUAAAUGAAAAACAUAGCUAGGGGUACACCAAAAGUGUACCCCAAAUGUACACCACCCCCUUCAUUACCACUCAUUUUUAUUUAUUUAUUUUAUUUUUAUUUUACAUGCCAAAUUGAGUGGUAAUGGAGAGAGUGGUGUACAUUUAGGGUACAGUUUUGGUGUACCUAGCAUUUUUGUUGUGUAAUUGGUGCCCAGGAAUAAUGUCAAAACAAAAAUAUAAAUGACAAUGUGAAAUUUGAAUAGUCUUGAUAAUCAUUUUUUUAUGACAGAACAUUAUAAAAAAAAUUAAAUACACGGAACAAGUGACGAUAAGAUCAAGUUCUAAACAUGAGAAACAAUUGAAAUAAAAUUUUAGGUUGUUACAAUAAUAAUGUCAAAACAGGUAAUGGUAAAAAAAGGUUCUUCGGGUAAUCACAUAGUGCUUCCAUACACACUUGAUAUGAAGCCUAUCGAUGUAAGAAAAGAUGAAUAAUGCACUAAUGUAGGAGUACUAAUUGAUGAUGGGUUUCAUAUUACUAUGUUAUUUAAAAACAAAGAUUUUAUAUUUCUGUCUGAGUUGUAAAAUGUUGUAGAUAUGUGUUGGAUAGAGAUCUACCUGUUCCUCAGGAAAUGGACACAUACUCUACAAAAUGUACGCGAUAAUUUACAGCUAAUAAUUUAACAUUAAAAGGUACUUGUAUAAUUGAAGUUAGAAGCAAUUACCUUCUUAAGCAUUAUAAAAUGGUAAAGAAGAUAAUGGAAGCUAGAAAACUACAGAUUCUAAAUGAUUUUACCAUCAAACUACAGCUUCUCAAAAUAACCUUUACCAUUUUAAAAUCAUAAAAUGGUUAGAAAGUUACAGUUUCUUUACCAAAUUAAACAUUUUAAUCAUAG